AGUUUCGAAUCGGUACAUUAGGGGGAGCUGCUGAGCUAUCUUACUGAUGAAUGCACGCUGCGAAUAAACACCGUAGAAGAAGAGCAGGAGCAAAACACGGAAAAACUUUAACUAGCAUCACCGAUUUAGGAGUCCUGCCUGUUGUUAACCUUCUACUUCGUUUAUAAAAACAAAGUAUCUUAAACUAAGUAAAGUUAAGUGCCCGAUCUCCAGAUUGAAGAUUAAGAUGAUAUUUUAUAGAUAGGAAAGAAACUGCCAUCCGUGUGCACAAUGUUUAGCAACCAGUACCAGCGGAUCCCGCAGAGGGACUCCACAGGUCCGAGGACUCCGGGUCUGUUUGUGGACUCUGAAGACUUUACACAGCCUGGAUACCACAAAGGACUUUCUUUUGAUAAUAUGCCAAAGGUUGGACAUGACUUUUCAGGUAAGUAGUCACCAUGAAUAAGCUUGCAUUCAUGUCAUUGAAGAGUUUACAGGGCAGCUGUCAUGUCCCCUAAAAUCAAGGGGUGGAUGCUGGUUCAGAGGAUCAACCAGUGACCCUUUUUUCGGUUUUGUCCUUUAUCUCUUUUAGAUACUUCUCAGGGAUGGCUGUCGUGGAUUUGCAACCUUAUUGUCAUCUUCCUGGUCCACAUCUGCACUUUUAUAACCUUCCCCAUUACAGGGUGGUUUGUACUAAAAGUAAGUAAAUUAAUCUCUCAUCUGCUUUUUGUACCACAUGACCACUAUCUGUGUGAGAAUUGAAGUAACCAGCUUUGACUCCUUCUGUUUGUAGACGGUGCCUAACUACCAGAGGAUCGUUUUGUUUCGUUUGGGUCGAGUUUCCCCUCCUAAGGGACCCGGUAUUGUCCUUGUGCUGCCCCUCAUUGACCAGUGGCAGAGGGUGGAUCUGCGUACUCGAGCUUUCAACAUCCCUCCAUGUCAGGUAGGAUCACUGAAGACAGGAGAGAGAUGGAAAACAGAAAUCUGGGUGAUAUCAACUCUGCCAAAUUCGUGCUUAAAGCGUCCAGCAGGUGGCACUCACGUUGCACUGUUGAUCAGUGGGAGACUGGUCAAUGAAAAAUGGUAUUUCUGACUGAACUGUACAGUGAGGACUGCCACUGCUGCAAAUAAAAAAUAAUGCAAAAAUGAAGCCACAACUGUAGUUACUGAUUUAAAAAAAAGCAACCAAAGCCCGCAGCAAAUAAAAAAAGAAAUGGUGUAUAUAAAAAGAAAGCCACAAUGGAAGUUAACGACGCAGAAAAAUGUGGCGUUGCAAAAAAAAAAAGUUUCUCACUGUAAAAAAUGAAAAAGAAUGCCAAGAAAAGAAACUGAAGCCCACUGCAAAAAAAAAAAAAAGAAAGGGUGCAGAUAAAAAAAAAACACAACAGAAGUUAAUGACAUAAAAAAAAAAGGGGGCGAUGCAAAAAAAAAAAAAGUUGUGGCUUUUUUUUUUAUCUGCACCGUUUCUUUUUUUAAUUUGCCGGGGGCUUGGGUUUCUUUUUUUUUCCAUCGGUAACUUCCGUCAUGACUUCUUUUUUAUUUGCAGCAGUGGCAGUUCUUGGCCACCGUACAACUGUAUGCCAACACAUCUGUUGAAACUGCUGUUAUAGCUUCAAAAUGCUAACAGGUUAUAUGAUAAUAUCUGAAUGCCCACAGCAUUUUUAUAGUCAUCAUGACUCUUAAUAAUGAAGAGAUGCUGUGUUCAAGUUCCAGCAUUCAUGUCCAUGUACCUUCGCUGCUACAGGUGAAUACACGGGAUGGUGGUGUGUUGUUAGUGGGAGCAGACAUCCAGUUCAGGAUCUGGAACCCCGUCAUGUCAGUAAUAUCAGUCCAGGACCUGAACCACUCAACCAGGAUGGCAGCACAGAACGCCUUAACUCACAGUCUGUCCAAGAAAAGUGUCAAAGAGAUCCAAACGGAGAGAAUCAAACUGGGAGAAUAUCUUGUGGUGAGGCAAACUCAAAAUCCUCUCAGCUGGCUUUAUUCCCUAUACUGUCAAACUAACAUAACUUCUCACUGUUCAGAUGGACAUGAAUGAGCUGACUCGUCACUGGGGACUGGAGGUGGACAGAGUUGAACUUACCCUCGGCUCUCUAAUAAAAGCACCAGAGGAAGAUCUCUCUGGGCCACUCAUUAUGCCUCCCUCUGUACCAGGGCUAGAAGGCCUCACAGGCCCUAUUCAGCAGCUGGCUAUGCACUUCUUGGGUCAAGGACGCAUUGCUCAGCCCAAAGCAGGUAUGGCUCCUCUUACACAUGACUCUUUUCACAAAAUGUACCCGUUGUGACUAUGUUGUUAAAUAAAUCUGUGGCUUUGCUCCCCUUUAGAAGACUGCAUAACUUUCACGGAUGAGCUCAGCAAACCCUCCCAGGCAGCUGUGUCCACACCUGAUUCAGUCGAAGAGCUGCUGGGUGGAGUGAAGCUCCUGCUCUCUGAAGCUUUGGUGCGACAGGUUGGAGCCUGCUUUCAGUUUUACAUAAGCUCAGAAGAUGGGCAGCACAGAAGUUACUAUGUGGAUCUAAGCCAAGGUGAUCAGAUAUUACUGUUUGUGACAUGUGGUUGAGAUAAAUCAAUAUUUACUCCUAAGUGUUUAUGGUGAAAAGACAGAGAGAUGCAGUUUGAUUAAAGUCUGUGUGUGUGUUCUGUGUGCAGGUAGUGGCUCAGCAGGACCUGGGUGCAUGUCCAGAGAACCAGAUGUAACUCUGAGUAUGAGCGACAGUGACCUUCUGGCCAUGUUCCAGGGUGAGCUCAGACCAUAUGCUGCUUACACAAGCGGCAGACUGAAAAUCCAAGGCGACAUUAAGACUGCCAUGAGGCUGGAGGAACUCAUAAAGCUGCUGAAGAAAUAAUUUCACUGUAACAUUUUUAAAUGUAUUUAUUAAAGCCUUUAACUGUAAAGUCCAUGUUUUUUCAUGUAUAUCCUGUUUGAAAGAAUAGAAAGUUAUGGUUUGAUGCAGUGUCUGGUUUAUAAGUUUGAUUUCUGCUUCAUUUUCGGACUCUUAUAUUUAACAUUACAAAAAGUAGGAGCUACCGGGGCUCAUUGUGGAAACUCCUCACUUUGAUAAGCACUGAACUGAUUAAACAUGUUGUUUUUGUUUUAAAUUGACAUGUCUGACUGAUAAAACUGCUGUGAAAACAUUACAGUGGAAUAAACAGAGGUGAAAUCAUUGUUGGUAUAAAAUCUGAGAAAAUCAA